GCAUCUUUUGUUCAGCGUUUGAUUGGUGAUGAUCUUUUAGAAUUCCAUCAGGCAGUAUUGUCUACACUACGAGAUGCCGAAGAUGGUUCUAUGCAAUGUGAUACUACAUCUUUACCUUCGUUACCUCCACAUAAUCCAUUACUUACGCAUACUCAUGAAGAUUUAGCUCGACUGAGUGAGACACACACAGAUCUUGAACAUGAUCAAGAUGAUAUAAGUGAUAAUGUUCCAGCGCCAAAACAUUUGACUCUAGAGCGUCAACUUAAUAAGAGUGUUUUGAUCGGCUGGUCACCACCUGAGCCAGUUGGAUAUAAUUUAAUCGAUAGCUAUCAUGUUUAUGUAGACGGAGUUUUGAAGGUUACGGUUAAAGCUAAUGAGAGAACACGAGCACUAAUUGAAGGUGUCGAUUCCAAUAGGCCACAUCGAAUAAGUGUAAGAAGUGUAACACAGAAUCGUCAAACAUCACGUGAUGCAGCUUGUACUAUGAUCAUUGGUCGUGAUACUGCGCAUUUGGGGCCGUCUGCUGUACGUGCAUCUCAUAUUACGUGCUCAUCAGCAGUUAUAUCAUGGCUGCCGGCAAAUUCGAACCACCAACAUGUCGUUUGUGUAAAUAAUGUUGAAGUACGUACCGUAAAGCCGGGAGUUUAUCGACAUACCAUCACAGGGUUAUCACCAAGUACACAAUAUCGUGUUACUGUACGAGCAAAACACUUACGUGCUCCAGGAGGACAACCAACACCAGGCCGACCGCAAGAAGAAGCGCCGGGUGCUUAUGCUGAUUUCCGUACAUUAACCAAAGGGUUGCCGGACCCUCCACAAGUGAGAUAGAAAAUUUUUAUAAAUUGAAUUAAAAUUUUACUAAGCAUAUGUCUUAUUAUAUUUUAUAUGACAUUUAUAAAUUAGUAUAGAGUUUAUUACCUACUAAUAUCGAGAUUGAAGAAGAUUGCACAACCACAUUUAAAAUAAUAUCUAAAAAGUGGGUUGAUGAAAUGGAAAUAGAAGAGAAGAGAGUAGAAGAGUAAAAUUA